UUUUGUACUUUCUAUUCCCCCGCCGCUGUCUGCUCCUCCCCACUGUGCUAUUUCCCGAGUUGUCCGCUGCUCCUACCAACGCCGCCGUGCUGCUGCUGCUGCUGUCAACUCCGCCGUGCCUCCUGCCAACUCCACCGUGCCCCUGCCAACUCCGCCGCGCUGCCCUCGUUCCCACGCCGGAUCUGCCACAUAAUCAGUUCAGUAAUCGGCUUCUUCCCAUAUCAUCUUCUUCUUCUCUUGUUUAUUUGAGAAAGCGGAUGUUCAGAGUAGACAUAUAUGGCUAUGGAUAUUGAGGAAUUUUACGAUGUUAACCUUACCGCGGAUUUCAUUCACACUCGUAAUUUUACCAGAGUCGCCUUACAGUUUCCUGAUGAAUUACUGAAGGAUUCAGUGAGAGUGGUGAAUGCUAUAAAGAGCAAACUCAAUUCACUGAAUGUAGGUGAAGCAAAUGGAGGAGAGAGAAACAAUCAGACUGUUAGAUUAUUUGUUAUGGCAGAUACAACAUAUGGAAGUUGUUGUGUUGAUGAAGUUGGUGCUUCUCAUGCUGAUGCUGAUUGUGUCAUUCAUUAUGGACAUACUUGUCUCAGCCCGACCUCGAAUCUUCCGGCAUUCUUUGUUUUUGGAAAAGCUUCUAUUAAUGUAUCCAGUUGUGUUCAAAGUUUAUCCAAUUACGCCUUGAGCAACACCAAGCCUAUUCUGGUACUAUAUGGGCUAGAAUAUGCACAUGCAAUUCCUCAUAUUAAAGAAGAGCUGACUGCAGCAGCAUCAAUUCAAUCCAUUCCCAAGUGUUCAGAGUUACAUGUUGCUGAUGUUAUGUGCUCAGCAAUUAAUCCCGCCAUCAUUCAAACAAAUUCUGAUGGGCUUGCAAAGACUGGAAAUGCUGUUGGUGAAGCAGCAGGUUGUAGACAUAGGCUUGGAGGGCUCAUCUGGGAGUUACCUAGUGGAAACAGGAUGGAGGACUAUUUGAUUGUCUGGGUUGGUUCUGGCAAUUCAGCUUUUGCAAAUGCUGUACUGACAUUCAAUGGCUGUGAAAUAGUCAGGUAUGAUGCAAAAGAAAAUUACCUGGUGACAGAUUUAUCUCAACAGAGAAGGAUUCUUAAGCGUAGAUAUUACCUGGUGGAGAAGGCAAAAGAUGCUAACAUUGUUGGAAUUUUGGUGGGAACUCUUGGUGUCGCUGGUUACCUUGACAUGAUUCAUCAGAUGAAAGACCUAAUUACCAGUGCUGGGAAAAAGGUUUACACUCUUGUUAUGGGAAGACCAAACCCUGCAAAACUUGCCAACUUUCCUGAGUGUGAUAUUUUUAUCUAUGUUUCCUGUGCACAAACUGCUCUCCUGGAUAGUAAAGAGUUCUUAGCCCCAGUUAUCACUCCAUUCGAAGCCAUGAUAGCUUUUAACAGAGGAAGCCAAUGGACAGGAGCUUAUGUGAUGGAAUUUCGGGAUUUGAUUAAUUGUUCUGUUGUGGAAACAAGGGACAAACCUGAAGAAGCAAGGUUUUCAUUCAUACAAGGGAGAUACGUUGAAGAUUUUGAUGCGCAAGAAAACAUUGAAAAAGAUGAGGGCCUUGCUUUAGCGAAUACAACAGAGAGGGCCUUACAAUUGCAUGACAGAAAUUCUAGCUCACUUAUCAAAGGUACAAUAAAUUCAGGAGCCGAGUACUUUGCCACCAGAUCUUAUCAGGGUCUCGAAAUGCACGGUGACAAUUCCACGCCAGAGCCAUAUUUGAUUGGUAGGACUGGAAAAGCAUCAGGUUAUGAACAUGAGAAAACCAAGGUCGAUAACCUGUGACCAACCAUUGAAGACAAAAGUUGAGCUGGUAUAGCUACUGGACUGUUAAAACGGGCAAAUCUCAGCAGGCAAGGGAUUACAAAUUUUUGCAGACAAGAAUGAGGUGUGCUUAUCAAUUAUGAUUGCCUAAACCUUCUAUUCCUCUUAACGCGUGAUGUUCUAGAGAUUGAAAAUACAAGUUUUGGUUAGAAAAUAGAAACAACGGAACUAUUACCUCUUUCCGAUGAGUU